AUGAAGAAACUAGGAGUGGCAAUAAGAGCAGGGGUCACAUUAUUAUAUCUGUCCCAGGCGUAUUCCUUUUAUAAUGAAAAUGCUGCCCGGUGCCAGUUAUUUGGGAUAAGCUAUAAUGACUGCAUCGGAUCUAUAUACAGGCCUUCUUCAAUAUACGAUGCAUAUAUUAAGAGCUUCAAUCUACCAAUACAUAAGGAUGAAAUAUGUUCAUUUUCUGCAUGUAAGGCAGCACUGCUAGGCAGUGGUUCAGACAGGUUUAUAAAUAUUACACAGAACGCGCACCCGCCUGGCAAUUGUGUAUGCUUAGGGUCUGCGAUGUGCGGAUGUGAGGUGAUUGCUGUUCCACAGCCUGCUCCACCCGCUAUUUACAAGAUUCCAACUAUUUCUAUUCCUACAAUAGAGCCUGUCCAUCAUGUUGUGACAAAGACCGUGAGUGAAAUAAAAACAAUUACUGUAAAGGCCUCAGAGCCAGUGGUUGAAGUGCCACCAGUGGAAUAUGGAAGGCCCGUGAUAUCUACUGUUGCACAUCUGUCUAAUAACAGCGACCAGGUUAACCAGGAGCUUCUUCUAAAGCUAAGCAAGCAGAUAGAAUUGCUUUCUUCGGAUAACUACCGCCCAACACCAUGGCCAGAGCAGCCGCCGGUUUUAAAGCAAGAGAGCAACACUCCUGUGGUGUCUAUGCACUCUAAUGCUGAAGAUAUUCAUUCUAUUGGCAACGUCAUUACCAUUCCAUACUCAACAGUUACAACAACAAUGCAUGUGACAGUCCCUAUAUAUAAGACAACAGUCCGAACGCAAUACGUUGUUAACACAGUGGACAAUUACAUGACAGAGACUAAGACAAAAACAGAAACCAAGACAGAAACCAAAACAGAGCCAAAGACGGUAAUUAAAACCAUUACAGAAACUAUCAGUGAUCAUAUUGAAAGAACCAAAUUUAGAACUGUUUAUAUGCCCAAAACGGUUACUAUUAACCAAAUAUCUACAGUCACAAAGUAUUCGGCGAAAACAAUAACAGUCACAAAGACGCAACCAGCUCCACAGAAGAAAGAAGUAAAGAAUAAUUCUUUUAUAAAUCUGGCAAAGAUCAAAAAUAGUCUUUCUUUCGGGGCAUCUUCUGUGAAUAUUAGGCAUAAGAUAGAACAGAAGCCAACAAACAAGAAGUACUUUAUUGUGCAAAAAGAAGUAAAGAAUAAGCUUGUAUGCCAGCAGGCCUGCACCAAUCCAAAGAUCCCCCUCUCUGGAGAGUGCUCAGUUAGUGCAAUUGGAGUCUGCCCCCCAUUACACGCACAGACUGGAUUUAAAUCUUCUGUUGCAGUGAAUAGCAUGCAAGAUACUGAAUGCAAAAACAAAGACUGCACUGAGCUAGUUAGAACUGUUUAUGUUAGAGCACCCGGAAGCGCUCCCGAAACAAACCAGCAAGGAAAUAAGACAGUUAAAUAGAAAAUUUUCUCUUCUAGCAGUGUAAGUAUGAUUCUUAACUGUGAUAAGUAUUCUGGCCAGAUUCCCAUUUUAGC